AUGCCACCUCAACUUUCAAGCGCUGCAAGUACAAGUCUGACGAUAUCCAAUCCACUGGUCUUGUAUCGGUCAUUAUUGGCGACAAGAAUCAUUGAUCCGGACCCUGCUCAACACCGACUUGCACUUGAACUCCAAAAACUAUAUCUUCGAUUGAAGGACUACUCUCCAAAAGCUGAAUAUGGCGCUCGUCUCCGAGCGGUCACUCAAGCAGUUGAGGACAUUCCAAGUCCCAAGGAUGAAAAUGCGGUAGCAGCACCGGGUCAUCCUCUGCGAAGAAAUCCUCUGUUUGCUCACUUGUUUCCUCAAAAGCCCGAGAGAGAUACUCUUGCUCUGACAAGGAUUCUUACGAGCCAUGAUGCGGCCAUGAACAUCGAUUCGCCGAAAGGAAUGCUCCUUCACGGAGAGGUCGGAACCGGAAAGUCGAUGUUGAUCGAUCUCCUCGCCGACAGUCUUCCUAAUAGAAAGAAGAGGCGGUGGCAUUUCAAUACUUUUAUGUUGGAGACUCUGGCGAGGUUGGAGCAGCUCCGACAGUCGCGCUCCAAAGGUUACUCAGGUGCGGAUGCAGAGCAUUCCCUAGUGUGGCUAGCGAAGGAUAUGGUUGAGAAGACUCCCAUACUGUUCCUGGAUGAGUUUCAACUUCCUGACAGGGCAGCCAGCAAGAUUUUGAGUAACCUGUUUACCGCCUUUUUUCAGCUUGGAGGGGUACUCAUAGCGACUUCAAAUCGGAUGCCAGAUGAGCUGGCCAAAGCAAGUGGCACAGAUUUCGCUGCACAACCGAAAAGUGGGCUCGUUCGAGGACUCUUUGGAUUUGGAAGUAGGGGCAACAUGUCAAUGUUUCCUGCCAACGAUGAGUAUGGUGGCUUCGUAGAGGUUUUAAAGGCCCGGUGUGAGAUCUGGAAUAUGGAAGGCGGACGAGAUUAUAGGAGAAGAGAGACGGAAGAGACCGAUGAAGAGGCCGCUGAGAUUAUUGAGACCAUGAGACAAGAGAUGAUCGGCGGCUUUACAAAGAACGAAGACCUUUCACCUGGGCUGGGAACUUUGGCAGCUGGCGAAAAGGUAGAUUCGGAAGCUGAUGAGUCAAUUCUGAAAAGGGGAGUGACGCCUAAGAAGUAUCUGCUGACAGGCAUGGACGGCAUGGACUCGGAAUCCCAAUGGCAAGCCGCAAUCAAAGCAAGCUUACCGCUCGAUAUACCGGAAAAUACACCAUGGAACUCUACGACAUUGCAAGUGUUCGGACGCAAGGUCCCCAUUCCACGAUAUCUUGAUGGAGUAACGAGAUGGUCUUUUGCCGAACUGUGUGGAGGUAUGUUCGGCCCAGCCGAUUACAUUACCAUGGCCUCAACAUUUCACACAUUUAUUCUCGACGAUGUCCCAAUCUUGACCUUGAUGCAAAAGAACGAAGCCCGACGCCUCAUCACACUCCUGGAUGCUCUCUACGAAGCUCGCUGCAAACUCCUCAUCAGAGCCGAAGCCGGUCCAGACGACCUGUUCUUCCCGGAGACAAAAAUUCCCGCGCCUACCAAUGCCCAUCGAGAAGAUAACGACGGUGGAGAUGCCGUUUACCCAGAAACACUUUCCGAGAUCUACCAGGACCAGACCUCACCUUUUCGUCCCAACGUCUCUACUUAUACAGACACCACGAAAGCCGGCUACGAUCCAGAUGAAGACUCUGAUUUCGGUCCACUGUCUGGCAGAGCAAACGAACAUGGACGGAAAGUCGACUUUGGUAUGACUAAUUCAUUUACAGGAGAAGACGAGAGGUUUGCAUAUAAGCGUGCUCGAAGCAGGUUAUGGGAGAUGUGUGGCGCAAGAUGGCAUGCGAGAUCUGAGCCUGGGUGGUGGAGACCCUUGCCUACUGAAGUUCGAAGGUGGGAACGUUCAGCAUUGAAUCCAGUUUCUGCGUCAGACCCUUCGCUAGUGAAAGGCGAUGUUAAGAUGGGAGAGUCAAUCAUUCUCGACAGACCAGCGGGUUUGCAGGGGAAAGAACUUGAAGAAAGAGAGCGGAUUGCCAACAGUUCUUCCAGGAACGAGCGUGAUCCGCCUCCGGAGUUUGGGGUGUGGCAGGCUUGGGGAAUCACGAAGUGGGGGAAGAAAGCUGGAGCUUGGGGGCAGGGAGUGGAGGGAUUAGAGGAGAGGAAGAAGAAGGGUGGUAGCUGA